ACCCCGCUCCGCCCUGACCCCUCCCUCCCGCCUGGAGUUUGGGGCCGCGACCGGCACCUGGGACGCCGGCGGUUGUGUCGGUUGGCGGUGCCCGAUGGGCGGUUGGUAGCCGCCGCCGAGGACAAGGCGGCGGCGGAAGAUGGUACCAGGGGCUGCCAGCUCUGCUGCUGCCGCCGGCGAAGGAGGAGGUGCUGCCAGUUCACUGAGUUUAACCAGUAAUGCCAUUCAGUUGCCAAUAUCAAGCAAAGCAAACAUAAGCCAGUUUUAAUCUGCUUUUUAAGAAAAGUGGUAGUCCUUUUCACAGUGCCUGACGUAAUCAGGUCAGAGUGUGAGGUAUAAGCUCACAGAAUCCAGAGAAAUCAUCAUGAAGUUAUAUGUAUUUCUGGUUAACACUGGAACUACCCUGACAUUUGACACUGAACUUACAGUGCAAACUGUGGCAGACCUCAAGCAUGCCAUUCAUAGCAAAUACAAGAUUGCUAUUCAGCAUCAGGUGCUGGUGGUCAAUGGAGGAGAAUGCAUGGCUGCAGAUCGAAGAGUGUGCACCUACAGUGCUGGGACGGACACAAAUCCAAUUUUUCUUUUUAACAAAGAAAUGAUCUUAUGUGAUCGUCCACCUGCUAUUCCAAAAACUACUUUUUCAACAGAAAAUGACAUGGAAAUAAAAGUUGAAGAGUCUCUUAUGAUGCCUGCAGUUUUUCACACUGUUGCUUCAAGGACACAACUUGCAGUGGAAAUGUAUGAAGUUGCCAAGAAACUUUGCUCUUUCUGUGAAGGUCUGGUCCAUGAUGAACAUCUUCAACACCAAGGCUGGGCUGCAAUCAUGGCCAAUUUGGAGGACUGUUCAAAUUCUUACCAAAAGCUACUUUUCAAGUUUGAAAGUAUUUAUUCAAAUUAUCUGCAAUCCAUAGAAGACAUCAAGUUAAAACUUACUCAUUUAGGAACUGCGGUUUCAGUAAUGGCCAAGAUUCCACUGUUGGAGUGCCUAACCAGACAUAGUUACAGGGAAUGUUUGGGAAGACUGGAUUCUUUACCUGAACAUGAAGGCUCAGAAAAGGCUGAAAUGAAAACCUCCACUGAACUGGUGCUCUCUCCUGAUAUGCCUAGAACAACUAACCAUUCCUUAUUAACCUCAUUUCACAAGUCAGUGGAACAUAUAGCCCCAGAUGCCACAGAUGCUGAAAAUGGAAAAGAAAUUAGGGAAUCUUGCCAAAGUACUGUCCAGCAGGAUGAAACUUCAGUAGAUGCUAAAGACGGUGAUCUGCCUUUUUUUAAUGUUUCUUUGUUAGACUGGAUAAAUGUUCAAGAUAGACCUAAUGAUGUGGAAUCGUUGGUCAGGAAAUGCUUUGAUUCCAUGAGCAGACUUGAUCCAAGGAUUAUUCGACCAUUUAUAGCAGAAUGCCGUCAAACUAUUGCCAAACUUGAUAAUCAGAACAUGAAAGCCAUUAAAGGACUUGAAGACCGGCUCUAUGCCCUGGACCAGAUGAUCGCUAGCUGCAGCCGACUGGUGAAUGAACAGAAGGAACUCGCUCAGGGAUUUUUAGCUAAUCAGAUGAGAGCUGAAAACUUGAAGGAUGCAUCUGUAUUACCUGAUUUGUGCCUGAGUCAUGCAAAUCAGUUGAUGAUUAUGUUGCAGAAUCAUAGAAAACUGUUGGAUAUUAAACAGAAGUGUACCACUGCCAAACAGGAACUAGCAAAUAACCUACAUGUCAGACUGAAGUGGUGUUGCUUUGUAAUGCUUCAUGCUGAUCAAGAUGGAGAGAAAUUGCAAGCUUUGCUCCGCCUCGUAAUAGAACUGUUAGAGAGAGUCAAAAUUGUUGAAGCUCUUAGUACAGUUCCUCAGAUGUACUGCAUAGCUGUUGUUGAGGUUGUAAGGAGAAAAAUGUUCAUAAAACACUACAGGGAGUGGGUUGGUGCUUUAGUCAAAGAUGGAAAGCGAUUAUAUGAAGCUGAAAAGUCAAAAAGGGAAUCCUUUGGGAAAUUAUUUAGAAAGUCCUUUUUAAGAAAUCGUCUGUUUAGGGGAUUGGACUCCUGGCCCCCAUCCUUUUGUACACAGAAGCCUCGAAAGUUUGACUGUGAACUUCCAGAUAUUUCAUUAAAAGAUUUACAGUUUCUUCAGUCAUUUUGUCCUUCAGAAGUUCAGCCACUCCUCAGGGUCCCCUUACUUUGUGAUUUUGAACCUCUACACCAGCAUGUACUUGCUCUACAUAAUUUGGUAAAAGCAGCACAAAGUUUGGAUGAAAUGUCACAGACCAUUACAGAUCUACUGAGUGAACAAAAGGCAUCCAUGAGUCAGACUUCGCCACCGUCGGCUUCCUCACCACGGAUAGAAAGUGCAACAGGAAUUGCAACUACUACCUCACCGAGAACUCCUCCUUCACUCACUGUUCAGGAUCCCUUAUGUCCUGCAGUAUGUCCCUUAGAAGAGUUAUCUCCAGAUAGCAUCGAUGCACAUACAUUUGAUUUUGAAACUAUCCCCCAUCCAAACAUAGAACAGACUAUUCACCAAGUUUCAUUAGACUUGGAUUCAUUAGCAGAAAGUCCUGAAUCAGAUUUUAUGUCUGCUGUAAAUGAGUUUGUAAUAGAAGAAAAUUUGUCAUCUCCUAAUCCUAUAAGUGAUCCACAGAGUCCAGAAAUGAUGGUGGAAUCACUUUAUUCAUCUGUUAUCAAUGCAAUAGACAGUAGACGGAUGCAGGAUACAAAUGUAUGCGGUAAAGAGGAUUUAGGAGAUCAUGCUUCUCUGAAUGUCCAAUUGGAAAAAUGUCGAGUUGUUGCCCAAGACUCGCACUUCAGCAUACAAACCAUCAAGGAAGACCUUUGCCACUUCAGAACAUUUGUACAGAAAGAACAGUGUGACUUCUCAAAUUCUUUAAAAUGUACAGCAUUAGAAAUAAGAAACAUUAUUGAAAAAGUAAAACAUUCUCUGGAAAUAACACUAAAUGAGAAACAUCAAAAAGAACUGCAGUCUUUAAAAAGUGAAUAUGAAGGCAAACUUGAUGCACUAAUAAAGGAAAGUGAAGAAAAUGAAAACAAAAUUAAAAAGCUGAAAGGAGACUUGGUAUGCCUUGAGGAGGUUUUACAAAAUAAAGAUAAUGAAUUUGCUUUGGUUAAACAUGAAAAAGAAGCUGUCAUCUGCUUACAAAAUGAAAAGGAUCAGAAGUUGUUAGAAAUGGAAAAUAUAAUGCACACUCAAAAUUGUGAAAUUAAUGAACUGAAACAAUCACGAGAGAUAGUGUUAGAAGACUUAAAGAAGCUCCAUGUUGAAAAUGAUGAGAAGAUGCAGUUGCUGCGGACAGAACUUCAUUGCUUAGAGCAAAGUCAUCUAAAGGAGCUAGAGGAUGCUCUGCAUGUCAGGCACACACAGGAGUUUGAGAAAGUUAUGACAGACCAUAAAGUGUCUUUGGAGAAACUAAAAAAGGAAAAUCAACAACGAAUCGAUCAGAUACAAGAGUUUCAUGCCACAGUUAUCCAGGAAAAAGAACAACAGCUACAGGAAUUAAAACUCAAGUUUUCAGAUUUGUCAGACAUGAGAUGUAAGUUAGAGGUUGAACUUGCAUUGAAGGAAGCAGAAACUGAUGAAAUAAAACUUUUGCUGGAAGAAAGCAGAGCCCAGCAGAAGGAAACCUUAAAAUCUCUCCUUGAACAAGAGACAGAAAAUUUGAGAGUAGAGAUAAGUAAACUAAACCAAAAGAUUCAGGAUAAUAAUGAAAACUAUCAGGUGGGCUUGGCAGAGCUAAGAACUUUAAUGACAAUUGAAAAAGAUCAGUGCAUUUCAGAGUUAAUUAGUAGACAUGAAGAAGAAUCUGAUAUGCUUAAAGCUGAAUUAAACAAAGUAAUGUCAUUGCAUCACCAAGCAUUUGAAAUAGAAAGAAAGCUGAAAGGAGAAAUAGCUGAACUGCAGAGUAAAUUGGAUGCAGAAUUGAGUGCUCUUGAAAAACAAAAAGAUGAAAAACUCACCCAACAGGAAGAGAAGUACGAAGCUAUUAUCCAGAAACUUGAGAAAGACAAAGAGAAACUUGUCAUGAGCCAGGAACAAGACAGAGAACAGUUAAUUCAGAAGCUUAAUUGUGAAAAAGAGGAAGCUAUUCAGACUGCCCUAACAGAGUUUAAAUUGGAGAGAGAAGCUGUUGAGAAAGAGUUACUAGAAAAAGUUAAACAUCUUGAGAAUCAAAUAGCAAAAAGUCUUGCCACUGAAUCUACCAGAGAAGAUUCUUCAAGCCUAGUUGCUGAACUUCAAGAAAAGCUUCAGGAAGAAAAGGCAAAGUUUCUAGAACAACUUGAAGAGCAAGAGAAAAGAAAGAAUGAAGAAAUGCAAAAUGUUCGAACAUCUCUGAUUGCUGAACAACAGACCAAUUUUAACACUGUUUUAACAAGAGAGAAAAUGAGAAAAGAAAAUAUAAUCAAUGAUCUUAGCGAUAAGUUGAAAAGUACAAUGCAACAGCAAGAGCGAGAUAAAGAUUUGAUAGAGUCACUAUCUGAAGAUCGAGCUCGUUUGCUUGAGGAAAAGAAAAAACUUGAAGAAGAAGUCAGUAAGUUGCGUAGUAGCAGUUUUGUUCCUUCAGCGUAUGUAGCUGCAGCCCCAGAACUUUAUGGAGCUUGUGCACCUGAACUCCCAGGUGAAACAGAGAGAUCAGCCAUGGAAACACAAGAUGAAGGAAAAGUGGAUUCAGCAAUGGAGACAAGCAUGAUGUCUGUACAAGAAAAUAGUCAUAUGCUAUCUGAAGAAAAACAGAGAAUAAUGCUGUUAGAACGAACAUUACAGUUGAAAGAAGAAGAAAACAAGCGGUUAAAUCAAAGACUGAUGUCUCAGAGCAUGUCUUCGGUAUCCUCAAGGCAUUCUGAAAAGAUAGCUAUUAGAGAUUUUCAGGUGGGAGAUUUGGUACUCAUCAUCCUAGAUGAGCGCCAUGACAAUUACGUGUUAUUUACUGUUAGUCCAACCUUGUAUUUUCUGCAUUCGGAGUCUCUGCCUGCCCUGGAUCUCAAACCAGGUGAGGGUGCUUCAGGUGCAUCUAGAAGACCCUGGGUACUUGGAAAAGUAAUGGAAAAGGAAUACUGUCAAGCCAAAAAGGCACAAAACAGAUUUAAAGUUCCUUUGGGGACAAAGUUUUACAGAGUGAAAGCUGUGUCGUGGAAUAAGAAAGUAUAACUUAUGGAAGAAAUUAAACAUUCUGUGACAUUUUUCUGAUUUGUCCUACAGUGCUUAUUCAUCACUCCAAAAACAGCAGGCCAUCUUUUUAUACAAAAGUCACCGUGACAAUAUACUUCAUUGGUGUAUAUCAUUUACUUUUUAACUGGCUACGUUUUAGGAACAAUAAAUUCAUCAAACUCUUGGCUGAAUUAAAAUGGUUUUGUUUUUGUUUUUUUACCCAAAUAACUAGAAAUGUGGACCAAACUAGUUAAUUUUCUCAAAGGGCAUACCCUGCAUUGUGGCUUAAGGUUAGCCAUAUUAAUUGCCUGUUACAUAUACAUUAGCUUGGACUUAGAUAUUAAAUGUUAGUUAUUAUUACCAGCAUUUGUCCUUUUGUGAAGUCAAUAUCAGAAAACUUGCACUCUUAAACACAUUCUUUAUAAAAUGUAUAAAUUCUUCAAAACUAUUUAAAGAGGAGUGUUAUUGCAUGCAGAUAAUCAUAACUUUGAGUUUGCCUCUGUAGACUACUAAAGCAAAUUGUUCCAUUUAUUUUUUUAAAUGCCCUUUGAUGUUUCAAAACAAAAAGAAACUCUUAAUUUGAUUGGCUGAUGUUAAGAUCAGCCAUAAUCAGCAAUCUUCAAAAGCACUUUCAACAGUGGUCACCUGGGUUCUAAAGGGAAGAGUCUGCUAUUCACAGUUUCAAAUGCAGCACUGAAACCUUCCCAGCCUCUUUAUUACUUGGUUUAGAAUAAUCAUAUUGAUGAAAUCGUAUUUCAUGGUUUGAUUUCAGAAAAAGCAUAUUCAUUGUACCUUAACCAUUUAGAGGUCAUUUAAAUAACAAAAUAUUGUAUUGUAAAAGACAUGUAGAAUUUUAAAACAAUAAAGAUUUGAACCUGUAAAUGUGUGUGCCUUUUAAAGAAGGAUACAUUUUUAAUAUAUUUGAGUGAUUGCUGGGAAGUGUGAAAAAACUUGUUCUGUAUCAUAUCAAAAGAGAAACAUGUUUAUUACAAAAAUGUUCUUUAACUAUAUACUAUGUAACAGGGUAAAACAGUGUUAUGUAGAAUAGAAUUGUGUAAACUAGAUAUGUAGACAAAUUGCUGUGGAGCAAAGGUAUUUAAAUGAGUUAGUUGAGUUGGAUGAGGCUUGUUUCAGGUUUGUUGCUAGAGAACAAUAAUAAAAUGAUUCUUUUUCAGAAAAUAUUUAAUUUCUUCUUAAAAUAAGUUAAAUAUUUUUUUAAAUAUGUAUAUCUAAUAGUACAGAAAAUGGAAUAAACACCAUAGUGUAUAGAAAACUGAAUUUGACAACAUAUUAAUGAAUAAAUGAACAAAUGAUUUCACAUGUUUCUAUUCAAUCCUUCCAUGACAUCUCAAUGCAAAAAAUACCAAAGCAUUAAACUACUUUAUAUACAGAAUGGUUUUGUGAAGCAGAUUUAGUUGGGUCUAAAUGAAUCUGCCAGAUGGACCAUUUUGACUUACUUGGUGCCCUUCACACAUAUAAAUAUGUGGUCGUUGUGCUGUGGAAUCACAGUGGCCUGACACAUGAAAGCCAUCAUCUCAUUAAUGCUCCUCUUUAAUGUUGGAUUUUAUUGCUUACAGUUUUUCUUCUUUUUUAUAUCCAUCCUAUCAGUGUUCACAUAUCCCUUUAUAAAGCACAUGUAAAGAAAAUGCAGUUUUGUUAGUUAAAAAUGAAACCUGGAAAUCAAAACUCAAUUGAGUUCUUAAUCUUUGUAUGGUUACGGUCAAUGUACUGUGCUUUUGGGCAACUUGCAUAAACUGAACCUGUUUUCUCAUGUAUAAAAUGGUAUAAUAAUAGGACCUACCUCCCAAGGUUAUUUUGAAGGUUAAGUGAUGAAAAUUAAUAUAAAGUACUUUGAACAAUUUCAAAAACAGAUUAAAUAUUGAAUAAAAGCUAUUGUAAAGAUUUUUUGCAUAGUCAAAACCUGUUAAAUUCACUACUCAAACUCUAAUAGAAAUGUAUCUUUAU